CUCUCAGAACCAAAGGACCCUGGUUAAUCUUUGCCCAGGCGACUCCUCCCUCACCAGGGGAUAUAAGUGAGACAGCAGCCGCCCGCUGUCUCCUGCCCUGGGCCUCUGCGGCAUCCCCUGCCCUCACCAUGGCCAAGGGCUUCUUCAUCUCCAAGACCGUGGGGAUCCUGGGGAUCAUCCUAGGCUUGGCAGCUGUGAGUACCAUCAUCGCCCUGUCCGUGGUGUACUCGCAGGAAAAGAACAAGAACAAUGCUGAAAGCAACACGGUGCCCCCCACCAACGUGCCCCCCACCGCUGCCACCACCCCGGACCCCAACCUGCCGUGGAACAAGUACCGCCUGCCCGACUCUCUGUUCCCACAUUCCUAUAGCGUGCAGCUGCGACCCUUCCUGACCCCCAACAACCAGGGACUCUAUGUGUUUGAAGGCUCCAGUACCGCCCGCUUUGUGUGCUUAAAGGCCACCGACAAAGUCAUCAUUCACAGCAAGAAGCUUAACUACACGACAGCACCGGUGUUGCGUAGUGUGGAUGGUGCCCAGGCCCCUGCCAUCGAGCGUUGGCAACUGGUCGAGUUAACCGAGUAUUUGGUGCUGCACCUCAAGGAAUCGCUCCAGCAGGGCAAGACCUAUGACCUGGACACGAAGUUUGUGGGCGAGCUGGCCGAUGACCUGGCUGGCUUCUACCGCAGCGAGUACAUGGACAACGGCGUCAAAAAGGUGGUGGCCACAACCCAGAUGCAGGCGGCCGACGCCCGGAAGUCCUUCCCGUGCUUCGACGAGCCAGCCAUGAAGGCCAUUUUCAAUAUCUCCCUCAUCUACCCCAAAGAGUACCAUGCUCUCUCCAACAUGCCCCCCAAGGGUCCUGACACAGAAUAUUCCAAAGACCCCAAUUGGCGUGUCAUUGAGUUCCAGACUACCCCCAAAAUGUCCACGUACCUCCUGGCCUACAUCGUGAGCCAGUUCGACAGCGAGAAGGCUGAAACAGCCAAUAAGGUCCAGAUCAAGAUCUGGGCCAGACCCAGUGCGGUCCAGGCAGGUCAUGCUCAAUAUGCCCUGAAAGUCACCGGGCCCAUCCUGGACUUCUUUGCCAGACAUUAUAAUACUGCCUACCCGCUCAGUAAAUCUGACCAGAUAGGCCUUCCUGACUUCAAUGCCGGUGCCAUGGAGAACUGGGGACUGGUGACAUACCGUGAAAACUCACUGCUCUUCGACCCAUACUCCUCCUCCAUUGGCAACAAGGAGCGGGUGGUCACUGUCAUUGCUCACGAGCUGGCGCACCAGUGGUUUGGGAACCUGGUGACCGUGGCCUGGUGGAACGACCUGUGGCUGAAUGAAGGUUUUGCAUCCUACGUGGAGUACCUGGGCGCUCACCAUGCGGAGCCUGACUGGAAUCUGCAAGACCUCAUGGUGUUGAACGAGGUGUACCGGGUGAUGGCCGUGGAUGCGCUGGCCUCCUCUCACCCGCUGUCCACCCCCGCCAAUGAGGUCAACACCCCCGCGCAGAUCAGCGAACUCUUCGACGCCAUCUCCUACAGCAAGGGAGCCUCGGUGCUCAGGAUGCUGUCCACCUUCUUGACGGAGGAUUUGUUCAAGGAGGGCCUGGCGUCUUACCUCCAUGCCUUCUCCUACAACAACACCGUCUACCAGGACCUGUGGAACCACCUGCAGAAGGCUGUGGAUAACCGCAAGUACCCACUACCCACAUCUGUGAGUAACAUCAUGGACCGCUGGAUCCUGCAGAUGGGCUUCCCUGUCGUCACUGUGGACACCACCAAUGGGACCAUCUCCCAGAAGCACUUCCUCCUCGACCCUGAGUCCAACGUCACCCGCCCCUCACCAUUCAAGUACCUCUGGAUCAUUCCCAUCUCGUGGAUGAAAGCUGGUGCAGAGCAGGAGUCUUUCUGGCUGAAUGGGACAGAGAGAGAACAGAAUAAUUCUCUCCAAACCAACGCCAACGAGUGGCUGCUCCUGAACCUUAAUGUGACUGGCUAUUUCCGAGUCAACUACGAUGAAGGCAACUGGAAGAAGCUUCAGAAUCAGCUACAGAACGACCUGUCGGUCAUCCCCAGCAUCAACCGUGCGCAGAUCAUCCACGAUGCCUUCACGCUGUCCAGUGCUGGGAUGGUAGGGGUGACUCUGGCCCUGGACAACACCCUCUUCCUGAGCAAAGAGGUCGAGUACAUGCCUUGGCAGGCAGCCUUGGACAGCUUGAGCUACUUCAAGCUCAUGUUCGACCGUACGAAAGAAGUCUAUGACCCCAUGAAGAACUAUCUGAAGAAGCAGGUCACACCCCUCUUCAAUCAUUUCAAAACUGUAACCAAAGACUGGAGUCAGCGCCCAACCACACUUAUGGACCAGUACAAUGAAGUCAACGCCAUCAGCACUGCCUGCUCCAGUGGGCUCCAGGAGUGCCAAACUCUGGUGCAGAACCUUUACCGAACGUGGAUGCAGGACCCUACAAACAACACGAUCAUCCACCCCAACUUGCGCUCUGCCGUGUACUGCAACGCGAUCUCCCUGGGUGGUGCCGCCGAGUGGAAUUUUGCCUGGGAACAGUUCCGGAAUGCCACCGUGGUGAACGAGGCUGACAAGCUCCGAGCUGCUCUGGCCUGCAGCACCAACGUGGACAUCCUGCAGAGGUACCUGGAAUAUGCCCUAGACCCUAACUUCAUCCGGAAACAGGACGCCACCUCCACCAUCACCAGCAUCGCCAGCAACCCCCUGGGGCAAACGCUGGCCUGGACUUUCGUGAAGUACAACUGGAAGAAGCUCUUUGAGGACUACGGUGGCGGCUCCUUCUCCUUCGCCAACCUCAUACAGGCAGUUACAAGGCGCUUUAAUACCGAGGAUGAUCUGAAACAGCUGGAGCAGUUUAAGAAGGACAAUAUGGACACAGGCUUCGGCUCCGGCACAAGGGCACUGGAGCAAGCCCUGGAGAAGACCAAAGCCAACAUCAAGUGGGUGGCAGCCAACAAGAAACUCAUCCAGGACUGGUUCAACCAGAACCAGUAA